AUGGACGAUACGGGAAAGCCGCAUAUGGAAGCAACCCCGGCACAGCACGAGAGCCGGAAGAAACGGUGCAAGGUUGAUCCGACCCUAGAGCUUAAGGCUCUCAAGAAGCUCAAAAAGCUCAAGGAGAAGCACAAGUACAAGAAGCAGAAAAAGAUAAUAAAAGAAUUAACUAAUCGCGUGGACGUGCUCACUGAAGCUGUCGAAAAGCUACAGAAGACUUCAUUGAAGGAGAAAUUAAUUCCAGAUGAAAAGGUGGAAGAAAAAGAGUGCUGCUUCGAAUCUGAAGAUGCAGAUUUGAAGAACCCGCUAACCAUUUUCGUUGAGGGAUUCAAUUGUUCAUUUCCUAGGGAUGAAAUCAGAAACACAUUGAUACAACACUUCAGUUCUUGUGGAGAGGUCGCAAGGGUUUUUAUUCCCUUUCAUUGUACAACCGGCUCUCCCUUGGGGUUUGCUUUCAUUAAUAUGAUAGAAGAUCCGGAGAGGGCGUUGAAACUCAAUGGAAGUUGCUUGCAAGGGCAGAGGCUAUUGGUUACCAUGGCUGUAAACAGAGACGAAUCCAUUUGUUAUAAAAACCGUAAAGGCUGUAAACGUUGUCGGAGUGCUGUGAUGAAGCGCCGUUUGAAACAAUUCCAUGAGAGUUUUAGAAUGCGAAUCCGUUUAGAUACUAACCCUGGCGAGAUCGAGAAUUAA